UUGCUGCCACUGUAGCAUUUUAUUAUGAGUAGUAUUAUAACAACAGUAUUAUAAAUACUGGGAACGUCGUCAUACUUCAGACAAGAAGUACGCGCAUUUCUGCACAUGCGCAGUACAAAUCGUGUUUUCGGUGAUAAGACACUGCUGUUUUUCCUGAUAUUUGCUUCCAGAUGCUUCCUCUGAGACACAUAAAGCCUGACAACACAUGCUCCGGCUUCAUGGCUUUUGUGUUUCCAUGCGCUUCAAAGUAACUAGCUCCUUACUGAAAAAGAGUAUGCUGCUUUACUACGUACCGCAGAUGGUCACACCAGGAAGUGUGGAGAGAACGUGUCACACAGAAAGCUCCAGGUCUGAAGCAGUAGCACAGCAGCAGAUGGAAAAUCAUGAUCAUCUGAUUCAGCCCAAGAAACCUUCGAACCCUGUGUUAGAGUCGCCGAGCCACCGGGUGCUGCACCGAGAACUUCGAGUCAGCCACAGAUGGGGGCUGCUGCCUGCUGAGAAGUGUGAGCUGCAGAGGGUAAUGGAGCAGAGGAGGCUGGAGCAGCAGAGGGAGAGAGAACAGGCUCUGAGACCACUCACUGAUCUGGAGCAAGAACUGAGCAAGAGAAGGCAGAGAUUACUCGCGUAUGAACUGGAGGAAAAGAAGCGACAAGAAGACCUGCAGAACGUACCCGAGUUUGUGCGUGUGAAGGACAACCUGAGACGUGUCCGUGUGUCUUAACCGGACCCCCAUCCUCUGGACUUCAUUUACGUACAUCAGAGUU